GUGAGAGAUGGGGGAAUAGAGAAAGAGUCAGAGAGAAAAAAAGAGACAGAGAGGGAGGGAACAGGGAGCAGGAGAGCCAAUGCGCAGCUCUGCAUCUUCAGAGAGAGGGUGACAGAGGAGGGAGGGGGAAGAAGUGAGGAGCGAGAGAAAGAGAGCGAGCGUGAGAGAGAGAGAAAGAGAGAAGAGCAGCAACUGGAGCACUCGCAGUCUCUCUCCCUCCACAGAUGAGUGGCGUGUCGGUGCCGCUGGAUUGGUGCUCCCUGUCUCCGCACUGGCAUCCAGCAUCAAGCUUCCCUGGCUCCCCGCUAAAGCACGCUGUGGCUCUCUCACUCUCACUCUCGCUCUCACUCUCGUCUCUUUCUCUCUCUCUCUCUCUCUCUCUCUCUCCCUCUCUCUCUCACACACACACACACACACACACACUCUGUCUCUCAGAGGGCAGUGAGUCAAGGGAGCGGCGUCGCGUGGGUCCUCUGCGCGAGUGCGUCCCGUGUGUGAGUGGCAUCCCGGCGUGCGAGCGCGCGCGCGCGUGUGUGUGUGAGGAGGUGAGGGGAGGAAGCUGGCGGUGAGGAGGUGAGCGAGGAGUGAGGAGGCCCGGCGUUGCCGGCGGUAGCAGUAGCGGCAGACGUGAUGAGCGUGCCUCUGCUGAAGAUCGGCGCGGUGCUCAGCACCAUGGCCAUGGUCACCAACUGGAUGUCCCAGACGCUGCCCUCGCUUGUGGGGCUCAACGGCACCACCAUCUCCAGAGGGGGCACCUCCGAGAGGAUCGUCAGCGCCCUGUACCCCAGCCCGGAGGAGGGCUGGCAGAUCUACAGCUCGGACCAGGACCCGGACGGGAAGUGCCUGUGCACAGUGGUGGCGCCGGCCCAGAACAUGUGCAGCAGAGACCCCCGCAGCAGACAGCUCCGGCAGCUCAUGGAGAAGGUCCAGAACAUCACCCAGUCCAUGGAGGUGUUAGACCUGAGGACCUACAGAGACCUGCAGUACGUCAGGGACACGGAGAACCUCAUGAAGACAGUGGACGGCAAACUGAAGACGGCCUCGGACAACCCCCGCAGCCUGAACCCCAAGAGCUUUCAGGAGCUUAAGGACAAGAUGACUCAGCUGCUCCCCCUGCUGCCAGUGCUGGAGCAGUACAAGGCGGACGCAAGCAUGAUCCUGCGGCUGAGGGAUGAGGUGCGCAACCUGUCCCUGGUGCUCAUGGCCAUUCAGGAGGAGAUGGGCGCCUAUGACUACGAGGAACUCCGGCAGAGGGUCCUCCUGCUCGAGACCAGGCUGCACUCCUGCAUGCAGAAGCUGGGCUGUGGUAAGCUAACAGGAGUGAGCAACCCCAUCACCGUCCGUGCGUCAGGCUCAAGGUUUGGCUCCUGGAUGACUGACACCAUGAUCCCCAGCUCAGACAACCGGGUCUGGUCGAUGGACGGCUACUUCAAGGGGCGGCGCGUGCUGGAGUUCCGCACCAUGGCGGACUUCAAGAUCGGCCUGAACUUCGUGCAGCACCUGCUGCCGCACCCGUGGGCUGGCACGGGCCACGUGGUGUACAACGGCUCGCUCUUCUACAACAAGUACCAGAGCAACAUUAUCAUCAAGUACCACUUCCGCUCCCGCAGCGUGCUGGUCCAGCGCAGCCUGAGCGGCGCCGGCUACAACAACACCUUCCCUUACUCGUGGGGCGGCUGGUCGGACAUCGACCUGAUGGCGGACGAGAACGGGCUGUGGGCCGUCUACACGACCAUCCCCAACGCGGGCAACAUCGUCAUCAGCCGCCUGGACCCGCAGAGCCUGGAGGUGCAGCAGACGUGGGACACGGGCUUCCCCAAGCGCAGCGCCGGGGAGGCCUUCAUGAUCUGCGGCACGCUCUACGUCACCAACUCGCACCUGGCCGGCGCCAAGAUCUACUUCGCCUACUACACCAACACGUCAACGUACGAGUACACGGACAUCCCCUUCCACAACCAGUACUCGCACAUCUCCAUGAUGGACUACAACCCCCGCGACAGGGUGCUCUACACCUGGAACAAUGGACACCAGGUCAUGUACAACGUCACCCUGUUCCAGGUCAUCAAGACCUCCGACGACUGAUUUUGGUCAUUCGAGUGACUGUGUGCACACACGCAUAUACUCACACACGCACAUGCAGUCUCAUUGAACAAACACACACACACACACACACACAC